AUGGAAUGCUCACCCUCUCCACCACCUCGACCAACACCACCACACACCUCCUCUGCCUCUCCUCCUUCUAAAACCAGUCAAGAAAUCCUCAAUCUGAUCCCUCUGUCUACUUUUCUUCCACCAUUGUAUACUCGCCCCACACCAAACAUUGCUCAAGUGCCUCCACAUUUACGCACUCAAACUACUCCUCCACGACGAUCCAUGAGAGUUCAAUCUGGAAUUGGAACUUCAAAACCAUUGAACCCUAAACCCCAUUACUUCAUCAUCUCAGAUUCUGAGAGUGAUGAUUCCUCUGAUUCAUGCCCCUCAUCAGCAAAACCACCAACACAACCAGAGCCAUCAACAAACACACCAAUAAAAACUACACCAUUAGCAACAACACCACCACCACAACAUCCAUCAUCAACUUCAGCACAAGCACCAACAACCACUAAACCUACCACACCUUCAAAAUCUGCCUUCUCCUCUGAGAACCCUCACAAUCAACUCAUCCACACCAAAAAUGGAGAUCGAUCAAUGACAUUAUUUCUCCUUCUACCAAACAAAAUGAACCCAUCUCUCAACCCAAACCAAAAACCAAAACCAUAA